AUGGCGUCGGCAUCGGUCAACACACUUCCUCGCUGCCCAGCCACAUGCGGCAACCUUAGCAUCCCCUACCCAUUCGGCAUCGGCUCGGCCUGCUCUAUGGAAGGCUUCGAGAUCACAUGUAAUGAUUCACACACUCCUCCAAAGCCUUUGAUGGGCACCGGCAACAUAGAGUUUGUUGACAUAUCGCUGACUCUAGGCCAAGCUCGUGUGUACAAGCACAUUGGCUUUAAAUGCUACAACGAGACAUCCAUCACACUCGAAGCAGAGCCCUAUAUGGACUUGAGGGGCUCCCCAUUCACGUUCUCAGACACCCGCAACAAAUUCACCGCCGUUGGCUGCCAUACCCUCGCAUACAUGUCAAUGAGCUCGCCGGAAAAGACGUAUGAAACCGGGUGCCUGGCAACAUGCCAUGAUCCAAGUGAUGUUACAAAUGGUUCUUGCUCCGGCAUAGGCUGUUGCCAGAUUCCCAUCCCGAAGGGCCUAAACUAUUACGAACCAAUAUUCGACCGUAAUUUCAAUCAUUCCCAAGUUUACCAGUUCAAUCCUUGCAGCUAUGCCUUCUUGGUGGACGAGGACCGGUACCAAUUCAAUGCCGCUGAUAUUAUAUCGGACAACUUUUUGGAUAGAACUGAGAUGUUAGUGCCGUUGGUGCUGGAUUGGUCAAUUGGAUAUGAGAAAUGCGACGAAGCCAAGCUCAACAAGAGCAGCUAUGCAUGCCGCAGCGAGCACAGUGAUUGUAUCGACUCCUCCAAAGGUCCUGGAUAUGUUUGCAAUUGCUCAAGUGGCUACCACGGCAAUCCCUACCUUUCCAAUGGAUGCCAGGACAUCGACGAGUGUAAACAACUAGACGAGUACCCGUGUUAUGGGAGGUGUGCCAAUGUGGAAGGGAAUUACAGUUGCACGUGCCCAUCAGGGACACGGGGUGAUCCUUACAAAGGGAGUUGCCAACCGAAGUUCCCAUUGUUGUUAAAGUUGGUUGCAGGUAUUAGUGCCGGCAUUAUCUUGAUGCUCGCAAUCAGCGUUUGUAUUUUUAUGGUUCAUCAAGAAAGAAAGCUCGUCAACGCUAAACAGAAUUUCUUUUCGCAAAAUGGAGGCGUGCUUUUGUAUGACAAACUUACAAAGGAAAAGGCUAAUGAUACCUUGAAGAUAUUCAAAGAAGAAGAACUCGAAAAGGCCACAAAUAAAUUUGACAAAAACCUGGAACUUGGGCGAGGAGGGCAGAGCACGGUUUAUGAAGGAAUUUUGGAUGGCAUAGGAAGGGUUGCUGUAAAGAAGGCUAGAGUAAUUGAUGAGAGCCGAAAGGAAGAAUUCAUAAAUGAGAUUUUCAUACUUUCUCGGAUCAACCAUACGCAUGUGGUUAAGCUUUUGGGUUGCUGCUUGGAGGUGGAAGUUCCCAUUUUGGUAUACGAAUAUGUGCCUAAUGGAACCCUUGCACAUCAUAUACAUCCAAAGAACGGAAUUCACCCACUCCCCCUGGAUACUCGCCUUCGGAUUGCCGCUGAAUCUGCAGAAGCUCUUGCCUAUUUGCACUCUUCUGCUUCACCUCCAAUCCUUCAUGGAGAUGUCAAGUCUUCGAACAUACUUUUAGAUGACAAUUACCAUGCAAAGGUGUCGGAUUUUGGAGCUUCCAUGUUCGUGCCAAAGGAUGAAACUCAGUUUGCUACACUAGUUCAAGGGACUUGUGGUUACUUGGAUCCCGAAUACCUACAAACGUGCCAAUUAACCGAUAAAAGUGAUGUUUAUAGUUUCGGUGUAGUCCUUUUGGAGCUUCUCACUGGAAGGAAGGCAAUUUAUUUUGAAGGAUCUGAUGAACAAAAGAGCCUCUCAUCAAGCUUUUUAUCCGCCAUGAAGGAGGAUCGACUUCUACAGCUUUUGGACAGUCACAUUAAAAAUGAAGAGGAUAUGGAGGUGAUAGGAGAAAUUGCUGAGCUAGCAAGACAAUGCCUCAAUGUUAGGGGUGAAGAUAGGCCUUCAAUGAAGGAGGUGGCUGAUGAUCUAGAUCGGUUAAGAAAAUUCAAACGGCAUCCUUUUUUACAACAUAAUUCUGAAGAGAUUGAGAACUUGCUUGGUCAGCCAUCAAGCUACACUGAAAAUGAAAUCUCUGGGUACUAUAGUAUCGAAACAAAAGCAGCGCUGGAUAUAGAAUGCGGAAGAUGAUCUUUUUGUUUUUUCCUGUCUUUUGAAAAAGAGUUGGAGGAUGAUCAUAUUGUAUGAAACAAUAUAAGUUUCUACCCCCAUGCAUUAGAACUAUGAUGCUCGUUUAUAUGUACUUGUGCAUCUGUGAGAUGCAGUAUUUUUAGUUUUUGAAA